AACAUGACCUGGCUGCAGUGCAGGACUUGUUUGAUUCCUGCUAAAUUCUGGAUCAUUUUUGGAAGGCCUAACUGUGUUUUAUAAUUAACACAAAAAACUGAGCUCUGUACGUUUUCAGGUAUUAUCCGUGAAGGUACUGUAGUUUAGCAGAAGACAGGUGACUGCUGUCGUUACUCCUCAAGACAUCUUCAAACUUGCAAACCAUCUAGGAGGAGCCAUAAAAGGGACAGAUGUGACUACCAGAAGGGAGGACUACUAGAAGGGAGAAAACGAAGAUGGCAGAAACUCAGACUGACACUGAUGCUCCCCCAGCCAAGAAGCAAGCCAUGGAAGGCUCCACCUCCAAAGAGGAACGCCUGUGCCUAGUCUGUGGUGACAGAGCCAAUGGAGUACAUUACAAUGUCUUAUCCUGUGAAGGAUGUAAGAGCUUCUUCCUACGUAGCACCAAGUCUAAGGCUACUUUUAACUGUUCCCAGGGAGGCAAGUGUUCCAUGGACCUGUACACCCGACGGCACUGCCCAGCUUGUAGAAUGGCACGAUGUGUUGAACUUGGAAUGAGUGUGGACAGAGUGUGGGAUGAUAAUCGCUUAAAAACAAGGAAGACGCUUAUCCGAGUCAAACGAAAGAAAAAACAGCCCAACCCGGACCCCAAGCUUAUCGCCCCUGCCCAGAAAAGCCUGGCUUCACCUCCAACAAGUACUAACACCUCUGCUGCCAACUCCCCUUCCCCGGUCCCUGUGACCCCAGUGCCGACCCCUAAUGUGACCCCCAAUGUGAUCUCUGAGACGACCCCUGGAGUGACCACUGACGCGACCCCGAUCAUGACCCCUGACAUUGCGGCUCUGAUGAGUAGCGUCAUGAUGCCUGGGUUUGACCUGAACACCAUGCAGCCUUUGACCCCAGCGGUCACUGAACCACAGUGGGAGUUGACAGAGGAUCAACAGAAUCUUGUGGAGCGAUUGGAGAAGGGUUACCUAGCAUCCAAGGAGGUCUUCAAGAAUAUCUUUCCCAAGGCCCCAGGGUCUAUCCCCAUUCCUGAAGGGACCAACGGCAACACCGGGUCAUCACUGUUCCCACCAACUGCACAAGAAGCAGCAGCAGCAGCAGCAGCAGCAACGUCGGACAUGCAAGGACCAUCCUCAACCGAUCCCAUCCCCAAGAUCCCCCUGAGUGCUCUAACCUCCCUCCUGCCAGAGGGAAUGACUCCAGCAAAAGCCCUGAAUGCCUUGGCUUCAGGAGAACUAACCAUUCCAGAAGGCUUUAAUCUCAGCGACUACCUCCCUACGGGGUUAUCAAACAUUGCUCUAGGAUUGCUGGCCAGCGAUAGUAACCCAGCCGCCCCAGCGGUAGACCAGGAAGAUUCAUCACGAGCUAGCACCUCGGAUUGUGACAGUAAAGAGACCGGGGCUUUCCAGUCUAUCCAACGCGUGACCUCUUUCAUUACGAACGGUUCCAUGAAGGAAGACGAACCUCCAGCGGACAAACCGAAGCUUCCAAUCCACAAGGAGCUGCUUCACACAGCCAUGGACAUGUUUGCUAUUCUCGUCAAGCAGACCAUCCACUUCGCUAAGACCAUCCCAGGAUUCAUGGAUCUGAUGUGUGAUGACCAGGCAGUGCUCAUCAAGGCCAGCAUCAUGGAUGCGUUGCUUCUACGAUGCGCAGAGAGCUACGUCCCGGACAUGGGAUGCGUCAUGAACGAGAUGACCAAUGAUCUCUUCCACAUCAACAUGAUGUACCAGAUGGGAUAUACCUCGCUCCCGGAGCAGGCUUUCCAAUUCAUGAAGGAGACGAAAGAAUGUGGGUUGACGACAGCUGAAUUUGCGCUACUCAAUGCAGUGGCUAUACUCUCACCAGACCGGACGGAGCUUCAGAACCGCGAGCUGGUUGAGGAGAUCCAGCUAUCCAUCGUGGAGACGCUACACGCCGCCACCAAAGUCUUCCAUCAGGAGGACCGCACGCUCUUUGCUAAACUCAUCAUGAAGCUGACUAAGAUGAGAGACAUUGCCGUGGUGCACCUCAGUGACCUCAUGGAGGUACAGGUCCAGGAGAGAGACCUGAGCCCACUCAUCAUUGAACUCUUUGGCUUGGAAACAAGCUCAGCUUCGUGACAGUAGGACAGGACGUGGAUGGACAAGAAUGCAAUAGGUUUGGACAUGAUGCAGAAAGCAGGCUGCACCUCAGCAACCUCAGUGAGGGUCACAUACAUAGACCUCAUCCCUCAGUGAACUGGAUAACCUCUGCAGUAUCAUCGGGGACCAUAAGGACCUCAGCCCUCAUCAUCAAACUCUUUUGGUUGGAAACUAGAUCAUUCCUCAGGAUGGUAUGAGAAGGCAAAGUAGAUCAAAAUGAUAUAUUAAGACAAGAUACAGAAAGCAGACUUCACAUCAGAAAACCCAAAGAGGUUCACAUACAAGGAGAGAAACCUCCUAUACAGAACACAAACUAACUACAAGUAGUUCCCCUACUGAGACCUCAGCCUCCCCUCAUUACUGAUUUCUGGUUUGGAAAAACUUGCUCAUGGUAGGUCAUUGAUUGGAAGGCAGUAGUUUGGGUCAUGAUACAGACAAAGGACUAGCACUGCAGUUCACCUCACCAACCUCAUUCAUGUUCAAGGAGAGGGACCUCAUCCUCAUUUUAAAACUGAGUUAUACAUUUCCUUUAACUGUCAUCAGUUGGGAAGCUACCGGUAACUGUGUCUUCAAGGAUGUCAUUCUGGGGCACCUCAGAAUCCUUGUUAGGCUCAAGAAUGGGUUAAAAGCCCUCAGCUGCUCACAUUCUUGUUGGCUUGAAUGCCUCAAGAAGUUUAGGGAUGCAAGUCUUCGUAAAUCACAUUUUGGUGCCACACCUCAUCAACCUCAUGAGGGGGAUAUUGCAACCCUCACGUGAGGCCUCACAACACACUGCAUAAUGGAAACAAGUAGUAGAGGCUGUGGGUCAUAGGUGAGGUCUGAGUAUAGGAGGCUGUGGGUGCGGUCAUCAGAUUUCAAGCAGUAUCAUGGGGGGGGGGGAGAGUCUAGGUUUGCUGCACCUCAGUGUGAGGUUUAAUGGGAUUUGCAUUUCUCAAUUUCCUAAUAUUGAACUGUAUGGGAACACAAAAUUAUGCACUAUAAUGCAGUAAUUUGUAAAUGUAGAAUAACCAGUAUGUUGAUUGUUUUACACAGUUACACUUGCAGCUUUCUUCAAUUGUUUGAGAGUCCUCAGAGACCAAGAUAGGUGAUUCUGUUGUGAUUUAGUUUGUGUGCAGAUGUUUUGAAUCCUGACCUGUACGAUUUGUAAUCCCACAAAUUCAACAUACCCGGUAGUGGGACAUUUUGGACAUUAAUCAGAUUUGGUCAUCGGCAAACCCGAUUUAUAGCUGUCGGGUGAGAUAGAGCCAUAUUUUGUCAUUUUCAAUGAAUCGUUCAGAAAUUAACAAGGCAAAAAAUGGCUUUUAUUGAAAGCUUGAAGUUAGUUUGAAAGGCAAGUGUGAACCCAGACGGUUUCCCCAUAAGGAAAUUUCAAGGGCCAGGGAUAUCAUUUAAAGAUCACUGUUAACUAUUUAAUCAAUCCUAAACUUUUCAGUGGUCAUGUUGAAUGCAAUGUUAAAAUGAGCAGCUGUUAUUGAAGAUGAAUUCUUUUAGAAAUUCUUUGCAAAAGAAAAAAGAUAAGUUGAAAUUUAUAACAAAAGAUAUUCAGUUUAACAAACUCUUCAGAUGUUCUUUUAGGCUGAAAAUUUUCCCAAAAAAGUUUGUUGUACCUUUGAUGGUACCAGAUUAAGCCAACCCAAAGUGCUAAUUUUAGAAUAUAUGACGAGUUCACCUACAUCUAGCCAGAAAAGUUUGAAUUUGCUUUGAUCCGUGGCUAUUUUAAACUCCCUUGAACUGUGCGCUUGAUAAAAGCAUUGUUAUCAUCACGCUGAACAAAUUUGUUGGGUUUUGCAAUGAACAGUGAGAAUUACGUGGUUAUAUGAUUGCAAGUGGUGUUUGCUUUAAACCAAGAAGGAUUUACCAAAUAAGGUUAAAAAUAAAAUUUGUCACCUUUUGAACACGAGUUACCGGUGGACAGUCACAUGGGGUCAUCACAAGCUUCCCUAAUCUUACACAAAUUCCCAAAUCUUACCCUACUUUUUGCUGGUCGCAUAGGGCCAGCCUACAGUAUACAAAUAUAACAUGGUUUGAGGGUGGACAAUUGAUAAAUUCGCUCCCCGACGUAUUGGAGGUUGACAAACUAUCCUCGGCUAGUUUGUCAACUUCCAAUACCGAGGGGAGCUAAUAUUGACUGUCCACCCGAAAUAAACCAUGUUAUAUUUGUUUGACUAUACCUCAUACAUAUUCUGUUGCCGAUUUUUUUUUUUUUUCCAGAUUUUUUUUCUGUUGCAGUAUGCACCUAAAACGAACUCUUUAAAGAAACUUGUCCAGCUCACCAAAAGAGUAUUAUUACUCAAUUUCACUAGUUCAUUUCGUUUACACAUAGAGCAAGGACCCAAGGAGUUCGUACUCCAAGGAGUUCGUACUCCAAGACUUCUAAAGUAAAAUGAUGGUCGCCGCGCUCGAAAGCUACAAUAGAAAGCACCUGGCGCCAGCUUGCUCAGUUGCUCACUACGCUAAUCUCGACACAAUAGAGAUCCGCACUCACUAAUGCCAGAAAAGGAGUUUGCAUGGCUUCGUAGACAGUACCAUGGUAAAUUCGCAUGCGCAGUUGUCAUACAUCGCUAAAAAUGAAUGAUUUUGAAGUGUUUG